AUGGCUGAGAGGUUCCGCAACAUGCAGCUCCAGAUAUUAUCAAUUGAAGAUGGGAAGCCACUGAAAUCUGUUAAGCUCUGGUUGCACCCCAACAAGAAAAUUAGUUUUAUUGAGCAGUUCAAUGAGAAGCGCCUUGUCAAGCAAGAGGGCGAGAACAUUCAGAUAAUUGAUGUGUGGAGUUCUGAGCUAAUUGAAGUUAGUGCCACCAAGUUUAUGACCCCUUCAGCUUUCAUUUUCCUAUAUGAGAACAAUCUCUUCUUGACAUUCCUAAACAGAACGGUCGCUGUAUGGAACUUGCGGGGAGAGCUUGUGACUUCAUUUGAAGACCAUUUGCUUUGGCAUCAUAAUUGUAGCACCAACGAUGUUUACAUCACUAGUGACCAGGAUCUUAUUAUCUCAUACUGCAAAUCAGAGGCAGUGGCUGAGGAUGGUACAGUUACUCCAUUUGGAUCCAUCAACGCGAGAGAGAUCAUGACGGGCAAGUGCAUUGCUAAGUUGUCUGCCAACAACCUCAGCGUCGUCCCUCGCGGAAACAGUAACAGUGACAGCAAGCGGUCCUUGGUCCAGAGCACCGUUUCAGAAGCGAUGGAGGAUGUCACGGCGCUGUUGUACAACGAGGAGAGGAACGAAAUCUAUACCGGCAACAGUAAAGGGCUGGUGCAUGUGUGGUUUGUCUAA